AUGGCUGGUACUUAUCAUACUGAAGAGCAAAGAAUUAUUGAUAGAAUUAAAUGCAUUGCUUUUCGUGAAGCUCGAGAUGCUGGUGCAACAUUUAUUAAUCGACAUUGGGUUGCGAAGAAAGUUCAUCAUAAAGGUGAAUCUUGGACUGGUCAAUGUUUUCGUGAUAUAAUUUUGACUGAACACGUCUUUCCAUUCUUAAAAAAUGAAGAAAAUGUUAUCGAUCCCGAUGAAGUUAUAUUUGUCCAUGGCAAAGCACCAUGUAUGCGAGCAUAUCAGACCCAACAUUUGCUUCAAGACAAUGAUGUUAAAUUUUGGGGUAAUGAUAUUUGGCCUGGAAAUUCACCCGAUCUCAAUAUUGCAGAACAUAUUGGAACAAUAAUCAAGGAUGAAGUUGAAAAAAAGAUGUUAUCAGAACCUGGACAUUCCCGUUAUCUUGACGAAACCACUCAAAAUGCACAUUUCAGAUGUUUUGAAAAACAUGGAAACCGACACUGA